GAAAUGUCGUUAGCAGUCGCCUUUUACUUUUGUUUAAAUUGUUUUGUUGUUUUUUUGUUUUAGUCGCGCGCACUUUUCGCCUUUAGUCCCGUACUAAAUGAGCGCGCGUUUUAGUACUAAAUCGAACUGUGCGAAAAUUGGCAGCCAAAUUGCCAAAAAUAAAUAAAACGAUAUUUUUUUUUUCGCCCAAAUGGUUUUUGUUGCCUUAUCACAGCGCACAAUUGUCAUGCUAUAAGAGAUAACAAAUAUUAUACGACGUUUAACUCAACUCUGUCCUGAGCUAAAUAUGAAUUGAAUGCCUUUGUGUUAAGAAUGUUGAGAUUUUAGCACAACGUUCAAGGAUUACACAAACACCGAACGAACCGAUUCUUAACGAGCACAGAUAUCGUUUUCGCUUAUCGAAAAUACAACUAAAGUCUGUACCGAAUGCUGCCGCCGAAUUGCACAAAAACUCAAAAUACUUGCGAUAAGGCAAAUGGAAAUAAUUGGUGCUAUUUGCCCCAGUUGCAUUCAAUGAGGAGAACCUGAAGAAUCAGAAACGAACCGAUGUGAUACUUGGAGACUAAGCAUUGCAACAACGAUAUAAAUACAUUACUUUUUAGUAUUUAGCAGUAGUCAAAGCUAUACAAAAAGAACUGCAUCCUAAAAAAAAAACCAAAACAAUUUGCUGAAACACUUGCCACAUUCAACAUGGAACACUUGGAUCUGGCGGGUUAUCUAAACACGCCCAUUAAUUGGAAUUUAGGCGCAUUUGAACAGCAAGAUGGCAUUUACCUGUCCAGUUCGCGCCAAAUGCUGGAGCCCAUCAUGGAGGAGACCUCCGAGGAUGAGGAGCAUGCGCAAAAUAGCUGGAACGGCUACGAGCAUCGCGGCAGCAGCAGCUGCGGCGGCGGCUUCUGGAGCUCCGCGGAGUCCGAGACAGGCUCGGUCAUAAGAGUCGAAAUUAACAAGGAUAUCGACGCCAUAUCGGAACGUGACUUUGCCUGUCCGCCGAAGCGCGCGCGCCGCUCGCAGGAGGAGCUGCAGCAGCAGCAGCAGCUGCACAGUCUGGAGGACAUGGUGCAGCUGCGUCGCCCGCCGCCGCCGCGCUACGAUGCCGAGGCGCACAACAGUUUGGAGCGCUUCCUGGCGCUGGAGGCGUGCGCCCGGGACAGCUACGGCAGCCAGGGCCAGCGCAACAGCACGGGCAGCUGCCGGCGCGGCGGCAACUUUGAGGAUUUCUACUCGGACAACGAUUCGUAUCAUUCGCUGUCGCGCAGCUCCUCGCUGGUGCAGUUCGAGUCGCUGGAGCGCCAGCUGACGCUACAGGAACAGCACCAGAGCAUGAACAGCCUGGGCAACAGCUCGCCCUCGCUGCUCAGCUGCGAGACGGUGGCCAGCAGCAGCGGCGGCGCCAGCGGCGGCAGCCACAGCAAUCCGGAUAGCCGGCGCGGCUCGGCCACGUCGCUGCUGAAGCGCUACGAGUCGAGCGACGGACGACUGCAUCAGACCUACUACGAGCUGCACAAGCUGGACCUGGAGGAGCAGCAGCGCGAGCUGUUCGGUGCCUGCAAGAGCCUGCAUCAGGCGGAACUCAAAUCGGAUUCGGAGUCGAGCAGCACGUCCAGCAGCGACAGCAGCGGACACAGCAUGCUCAGCGCCUGUCCGGGUAAACAAGAUGCGGGCAGUGCCCGACGCUUGCCGCUCAAUUCGGCGGAGAAUUUGUCUGAGGAUUCGGGCUACUGUGAGCCGAGCACAUUGCGACGCGCCAAAUCCAAGAGCAUACCAAAGAAUUUCGACAAGCUCUGCGAAGAGGAGGAGAUGGAGGAGCUGCUGGAGCAGGAGGCAGCGUCAGUGGUAGGGGCAAUGGCAGGGGCAGGGGCAGCGACAGGCGCACAUUCCAAAAACUCCAAUGAUUUGUGUCAGACAAAAAUAGAGCAGCAGACAAACGAGACGCAGUCAGCGUCGCAGUCAUCUCUCGGCUCUCCGGCAUCGUCUAUAAAUAGCUGCGAGAGAGGCGCACGCUCGCCAUCCACGUCGCCGUCGCCGUCGCCGUCGCCAUCGCCCAGCGGAUCAGCGGCAUCCGCAACGUCGUCGCCGACGUCGUCGUCGUCGUCAUCGUCGUCAACAUCGUCCGCCGCCUCGUUCACUUGGCUGCGCAACAGUUUGCCCGAUAUACGCGAGCCGCGAGGUUCGUCGCCCAAAUUUCUAACGGACAACAACAGCUACGGCCUGGCCAACAACAAGAGCAGCAGCAGCAGCAGCGGCUCCUCCUCCUCCUCCUCGUCCACAUCCGCCGAGUGCUCGCCCGUGCUGUCACGAACCAGCACAGCGACAGCCUUAGCCGGCAGCGUGCCCAACGAGCUGCAGCAGCUGGGCAGACGGAGGCGAACACGUCGCCAGCAGCAGCAGAGGAAUUGCCAGAGCAGCGAGGACGGGCACAGCUCUAGCGAGGAUUUGGACAAUUUUGAUUGCAGCAGCUUGCCGCGCAUGCGACGCAGCUGCAGCUGGAACGAACGUUGCGGCUUCAGUGGAGCAGCAAGAACGGGAACGGGCACAGAAGCGGGAUCAGGAGCGGGCGCAGGCGCAGGCUACCUAAACGCUAGCUAUCAGAAUCUGACCCUACUCGACUACGCGGAUCGCAGUGAUAAUUGCAAGCGCAGCUCUUUCGACAUGGACAAACGUAAACGCGUCGUUUCUGGCGAGGAUUACGAGCAGCUCAUAUGCAAGGGCAACUUUUUGCUGGACGAGCUGAGCCAAAUCUAUGACAAAAAUGCAUCCAUAUUGAACGAUAAGACCGUCGAGAAGGAACCGGCGCCGGAGCAGGAGGAGGCGCCUCCACAAGUGCAGCAUGUCCAGCUAACCAUACGUAAGCCGCCGGCUCGCCAAAAGCGGCAGACGGCGGAGAAGGAGCCGACGUCGCCAGCUCCUACUCCAUCCUCCGUGCCCGCGGCCACUGUCAUCAGCUUCAGCAGCUUUGGCAAGACUUUCGAUCAGGAUCCGACCAAUUUGCGCACCUCCUAUGCCCAGUCGCUGGAGCAGUGCAAUUUCGAGCUGCCCAAGAGGAAUCCGGCACCGCCACCGCCCAACCGGGUGCUGCCCAAGCGGCGCUUCCAGAGCUCAACGGCCAAACAGCGCAGCCUGGUCAGCAGCACGCCCAAUCUAUCGGCCUUCGAUGGCGGCCAGGAGCCGGAGGAUGAUAUAUAUGUGAGCAGUGCGCACAAUUCGAUGCAUCAACUGCCGCAGACACCGACACAGCCAAAGCCCUUGGGCAUACUGUUGCCGGCGGGCUCGCGUAAUUCAUUCAGCAAGGAGGUGAGUUUCUGUCCAGUGGUGAGUAAGUAUUGCUGGCAGGAGCAGUCGUCGGAGGAGCCGCAAGAGGAGCACGACCAGGCGAGCAGCGAUGAGGAGCACGAUGAUGAUGAUGAUGAUGAUGAUGGAGAAGAGGAGGAGCUGUUGGAUAACAACGAUGCCACUGUUAUUUAUAACACCAAAGAGAACGAGUACAUAGCAGCGCGCUACAAUGAAGAGCAACAGCUAAGAGCGCCGCAACAAGAGCAACAAGAGCCACAGCAAGAGCAACAGCAAAGAGCGCAACAGAGCGAACGCGAGCGCGAGAGCGUGAUCGAUGACCAGAGCAGCGAGAGUGAUGAAAACAACGAAAACAUCGCCGCUGGCGGCAGCAUGGAAACGCAACAACAAAAAACAUCGCCGCCGCCGCCGCUGCUGCAGCCCGUUUCAAGCGUCGCUGCUGCUGCCUCGGCUGUCAGUCUUGAAACGAGCGUCGACGCGAGCUCAUCGUACGCGAUCGCCAGUUCACCAGUUCACACAGUGCCGUUACACACACGCCCCCUAAGCCUGCAUUUGCCCAUACUAAGCGAACCGCCCACAAACCGCGCACAUCACAUACUCUACGCCUCGCAGCAGCUGCUGCAGCGUUACGACCACGACAACGUCGACAACAAAAUGUCGUCCAAAUCAACGUCAGUCCAGCCCACGGCGCACAUCGCCAGCGCCAAUAACAAUGAGUCGCCUUUAAAGCAGCGCGCCAACAAAACGGACGAGAAGCAUCCCAGCUCAAAGAGUUUUCUGUCGCGCUUUGCGCAUGGCCUGCGCUUCUCGCUGCGCCGCAAGAAGAAGCAGCAGCAACAGCAACAGCAGCCGCAGCAGCAGCAGCAGCAGACGCUCAAGCAAGCGCCGCAGAGCAAUGGCAAAAGCCAGGAUUUCAUUUACAUACCCCUCAAGCCGCCGCGCAGCACGCUAGAUGACAGCAACGUCUCUGAGGCGAGCACCGCCAGCGUCCACAGUCGCCAGGCGACAGCAGCAGCGGCAGCAGCGACAGCAGCAGCUGAGCUGGAGCAGCCGAAAACAUCGACACUGCAAAAGCUGGUCACAGGUAAACCCCCGUUGCCGAAGUUGCCGCCACGGCAAACGCAUGCGCCGUAUUCGGUCAGUGCUGCCAAUGGCUCCUUUAGUGCUGCCCAUGCUAGCGAUGCUCUCUUGGCCGCCGAACGGGAACAAUAUGCGGCCUUUGCCCAACAGUUGACAACGGGCCAGCGUCACGAAAUGUCGCUGACGGAAACGGAAAUGGCUCGAGCCACCGAAUCGCCGUCGCGCGCCUCUGUCGCGCAAAAGACGCAAAUGUUCAAUCAGCUGGGCGCCGGCAUGCCGCUGCCGCCGUCGCGUCCUCUGACCAUGGUAACAGCCGUGCCGGUGGCUGUGUCCCCGAUGCUGGACACCACCGACGGCGAUGGCGGGGUCGGGAAAAUGGGCCUCAUCGAGACCAAUUUGGACACACACGAAACGGUUAUUACGGGCAAGACGCGCUCCCUUAUGGACAUCACAUGCAAUCCGCUGCACAAACGGUAUCUGGUCAAGCGCUUGAAUGUGACCAGCGCCGCCUACGAUGUCCGGGAUGACGACGACGACGAUGAUGAGCAUCUCGAUGGAAACAAUCAACGUAUCAAGCCAUCAACACAGGCGGGCGGCGUCCAAAUCGCCUCGGUCCGUAGGCCACACAAAAGCAUGGAAUUUCUGCUGGACAAAGAGAAUCAAAAGAAUGUUUUGCCACCUGAGAAUGAGCUACAGAAAUCGCACGAUCACAAUCCGGCCGCACUGAGCGAGCAUCAAUUGCGAGUGCAGGCAUCGCUGCAGCGCCUGAAUAUACCCGACUGGUUUCGACAAUACAAUCAAAAUGCAGCACGGUCGCCAGAUGGCGCCGGCGCCGGCGUCGGUGCCGGCAACGCUGGCCCAGCGUCCUCUGGCGGCUACAAGCCGGGCAAUUUUACGCGCAAGCGCACACAGGACUCGGGUCGCUGGCAGGGCCUUAACUCGAAGACGACUUCGCUCAGUUCGCUGGGCUCGCAGCGCUCUGAUCGUAGUCCCCUGCUGUUGAGUCCCUCGGCGCACAGUCAUCAUGGCGGCCAGAGCAGCAGCGUCAGCGGCUCGGCGUCGGCACAUCAGGCCCAUGGCCAGGGCGUUGGCGCCACACGCUGGUCCACCUCGCAUCUGAACUCCACGCAAACAUCGCCGAGCGUCUCGCAGCGCGGCAGCUUUGCCCGCGGCGCGCCCAUCAACAGCAGCUUCAUGUCCGUGGCCAGCGGCAGCAGCGCCGGCGCACCCGGCGGUGUCCUGAGGAACUCCUAUCGUCAGCCCUAUCUGGGCUGGCGCAGCACUGAGAAGCUCUCGCAGCGCACGCCCCACGAACGGCUGGCCAACUCGCUGCUGGCGCAACGCACAUCGCCCACAACGGCGACGCCGACGAACGGUGUGCGAAGGCUGCAGCCCGUGACGCCGGAGAUACAGAGCUCCAUCAAGGAGGUGACCUCGGCCAUAGUGCAUUAUGUGAACGAUCAGACGCAGGCGCAGGCACAGCUGCAGCAACAGCGCAGCCGCUCGACGAGUCCCAAUUCGAGAAAGUGCUGGCUUGAAAGCAGCUUUGUUGGCACACGUCCGCUGGAUUCACCGCAAACGCCCGUCAUUGACAGCAGCAGCAGCCCGCCCGCAACCCAACACCAACACCAGCAGCACCAGCAGCAGCAGCAGCCGCAUCAACACCUGCAACAGCUACACCUGGAUGCCACAUCGGCGCUUGCCGUUGGACAGCCGCCACUACGCAUGAACGGACUUAGCCGGGUCGGCGGCGGUGGCGGUGAGUCCACCAUAUAUAUUUGACCAGCUGGCGUGCUUAGAUUUUAUCUAGUUUAUAUCCAUUUGAUUUGUUUUAUUUCAAGAACAAAAAUUGAUAUCACAAAUUUGUUUUCUAAUGUGCACAAAAAUCACCAAUGCGAAAUGCUUAAAUAUAUGUGCUACACAUAUGUCACAUAUGUAUUGUAGCUAAGCGUACAUAUUUUUAAUAUGUAGCUGAAACCCUUAUGAUUUCUUAGACGCACACACACACACACACACACAUACGCAAAUGUAGCUUGAAAUGCAAUUUUCUACAUUUGUUUUAUUUUAUCGUAACAAAGAAAUUGAAUUAGGUGCAAAGUGCAAAUGCAUUUUAGGCUACUUUUCUGUUUUAACGAUUGUAAAUUACGAGCAACUGCAAAUAGAGAGAACAACAUUUACACGCAUUCAUUUUAAAUUGACCAACUUUUUGAUUUUGUAUAUCAAAUGCAAACGUACAUGAGUAAUUUUUAGUGUUUACAAAACCUAUUUUAAUAAAUUUACUAUUUAAUUUUUAUGAUUAAUUUUUAAU